CCUCCGCGGUCAUGACCAUUCGAUCGUUUGAAAGUUUUGGUUAUGUCGCCGUUUCCAUUGUCCCGUGAAAUUCUAUUUCUAAACUAAAUCCACCACAAACCAUGAAACCAAAGGAAGAACAAAAGGCGACAAUGAAUUCUGACAUCUACUGUGGGGAAAUGUUACAAAGAAUGAACGGCUAUAGGGUCGCGCAUAGUCUAUGUGACGUGGACUUGAUGGUUGAAGGGCUAACGUUUUCGGCGCAUCGUUUGGUUCUAGCGGCUGGAAGCCCAUUUUUCCACGGACUCUUCACCACGGAGAUGAAAGAAAAACAAGAAAACAAGAUCGUGCUAAAGCAGGUUAAAGCCUCUGUUAUGGAAAAUGUCUUAGAGUAUUUAUACACCGGGAAAACCUCGUUGAAUCCAGAGAACGCAGAAGAUCUCGUCGUUUCAGCGAGCUAUUUUCUUAUUGAGGGGUUGAAGGAGAAAGCCAGUAAUUUCAUUCGAUCGAGUUUGAAUGUCGAUAAUUGUAUCCAGGUUCGAGAAUUUGCUGAGAAACACGACUGUAAAAGCUUGAGCUUAGCUGCGAGAGUGUUCAUCGGACAGCAUUUCGGAGAGAUAAUCAACGGUGAAGAAUUUCUAGGUCUAGAGUUUGAAAAAAUAGAGGAAUUUAUUGCUAGUGAAAACACUGUUGUCCCGAAAGAGGAGAGAAUUUAUGAAGCGGUUACAAAAUGGGUCAGGAAAGCUCCAGCCAUACGAAAGAAGUACUUUAAAAAACUAUUUCAUCAUGUUCGAUUGUCCCUUUUAUCCCGGAAAUUCCUAAAUGUGACUAUUUUACAAGACGAGUUGGUUACUAGUAAUGUUGCUUGCAUGCAGUUUGUCUUGCAAAGCAUGAGUAAUGUCCAGUCUUUGCCACCAAUACAAAAGCCCAGGAAAUGUCUGGACUCAUGUGUAGAUGCUGUCGUCAUCAGUGGUGGUUUUGAUGAUGACAACCUGCCAACCGCAUCCACAAUAUGCUUUAUUCCUGAGAUGAAUAACACAUGGUAUGAGCUAACACCACUAUCAAUAGCCAAAUAUGGAAGUGCCGCGGCCUAUUGCGAUGGUUUUUUGUACUCCGUCGGAGGAUGGGAAGUGCAAGCUAGCCAGGGACCUAUUGAAGAAGAUGUGCCUACUACCUCCGUUGAAAGGUAUGAUCCUACCACGAACACUUGGCUUAGCGUAGCUCCACUAAAACAUGCAGAGAAGUUUGUCUCUGUUAUUUCUCUGGAUGGCCACCUGUAUUGUCUGGGGCGGAGCAAGUCAAUGUAUCGCUACACUCCAGCCAAAAACACUUGGGAAUACAUCACAGGUGCCCCUGAAGAACUUCAUGGCGCAUGUGUGGUGGCUGACACCAGUAACAUUUACGUCAUUGGUGGACUUGACCAGAACAACAUGGUCACAAGUAGUUGUUGGAAAUAUGACCCAGAAGUUGAGCGCUGGUCUUUGCUAUCAAGUAUGAGCACCAAGCGGUACCUUGCAGCUGGUACAGUCAAAGGAAGGGAAAUAUUUAUUGUGGGAGGACUUAAUGAGUAUGGUAGUACACAGGCACUCAAUAGUGUUGAAGUCUAUUACAUAGAUACGGAUGAGUGGAGCUGUGGUUUCUCAUACCUACAGUUCCCACGCUACUCUGCUGGUGUGACAUGUAUCUGGGAUAAGGUUCUUGUAUUUGGGGGUGAACAUGAGGGAGAAACACAGAACAGCAUUGAGUGGUAUAAUAAGAUAGAGCGGCGGUGGGAAUUGUGUCCUAAAAUGCCUUGUAGAAGCAAUUUCUGUUGUAACUGGUUGCGGAUCCCGAAGAAUUUACUGGAAGUAGUUGAGGAGCUAGAAUUUUGAUUACCCAACAGAGAUAAUGUUUUCUCGUUUACUGCUUGCUGCAUCAAGAUGGCAGCAUCCUGGACAGAAAUAAGCUACCAUUAUUAUAUUACAGUUAUUUCUUUAGGCAUUUAAUUAUUUCUUUAGGCACCCUAGUUAGAACCAUUUGCACCCCUUUGAAAAGCUUGUUUGAGAUUGACAAAAUUGGUUAUCAUCAGGUAUCUCAUUUUGUUCCUUUUGAUUCCUAGUGUCUUAUAGUAGUAUAAAUGUAUAGUAUAGAAUAAUAGUUUAUUGUGGGAAACUCCAUUUGGUAAUUGGACAGAAUAUUAAAUGCAUAUAAAGAUCUUAUUAUAGGAAAGAAACUUAUUUGAAGCUCAAUAAGUUGUUUUAAAAAAAAUGUUUAAUUUUAGUAAUUUAUUACAGAUAGUGGUUUCCAUAAACUGGUGAAAUCACACAGUUGAUGGACCAGAUGAUACUGUAUAUCCUAAUUUAUUUACUUUUUUCUUUACUGUUGUCAAGGUUUAUAAAAAAUAAACUUAAUUAAUAUAAUAAUUAUUUAUGUAUGUUUUAGCAGUAUGAUAAUAAUGCCGUCUAUUUAAACCAGUAGUAUUGCAGUGUGUUUUUAAAAAUGUGGUAAUUAUAAUAUGUGUUGGUAGUGAUAUACAGUAUAUUAUUUUAGUAAGCUGUGAGUAUUUCCACUUUGUUGUGUAUGGUAAAAAGUGCAAAGUUUUUAGUGAACAAAAAGAAGCAUAAAGAAUAAAUAAAGCAUUUUAUGUUA